CCGGGGCCAUCGGGUCCAAGGAUUCAUUGUUUCUCUUGUUCUUUGAAAAUCCUGAGAGUCUUCAGGCAAGAUGAAUAACCAAGAAAAAACAAUUAGCAACAUACAGUGUGGGUUAAAAACAGACCUGGAUUUACUGCUGGAGUGUUUGAAGUAUCAGAUGGACAGUCCUGAAACUCAGAAACAAGCCCUGGUCACUAUCUAUUCUAUAUGUCAGCAGAAUUGUGAAGCAAGUGAUUACUUUCGUGAGAUUGGAGGUGUGGACUUUAUUCGUGGACUUAUUAAACUGACUAAUGCUUCUGUCCUUCGUGAAGCUGCUCUGUUCACGUUAGGUGCUCUAGCUGAAAGCAGUGUGUACUGCCAGCAGAGUCUGUGCACUUUAGAACUGCUAUCUGAUGUCGCCAUGUCACUUGCUCAGAAGGAUGCUUCACUGAUUCUGAAGAGGACAGAUGUCUACAUGAUCUUGGUGUUGGUCUCACACAACAAGAUUGGACAAGCGUUGGCAAGAUCAACAGGGUGUAUUGAUAUUCUUCUAAAUUUGUUCAGAACUAGAUUCCCGAUGUCAGACAAGCAAUCCAUACAUGAAAAUAUUGGUCAAUACUACGAGUUGUGGUCAUCCAUUGGAAGUACUCUCUGUGCUUGUGUCAACAAUCCACAGAAUGAAGAGAACCAGAGACUGUGUACAACAGCCUUUCCAUUUGCAAAUGAAUGCCUGCAAAAAUGCAUCAGACAAGAAAUAAUCCGGCCCAUUUGUGCAUUUAUUGGACUCACAGUUGCCAAUAAUUCAUAUGCACAGAACUACUUUUGUAAAGUUGGUGGCCUGGAUACACUUGCUCAGACUGUUGCGAAUUUGGCUGAGGAAUGUCUAACAAAUCACUCUAAUGUGGAGUUGAUAAUAUCCGUGAUAAAGACACUGGAUUCCUGCAUUUCAGAAAAUUCUUCCUUGGCUUCACGCUUGUCAAAAUACUCAAUCGUACCCAUGCUUGUUGCACUGUUAUCACAAAAUAAUCUUGACACGAACAGCAAAUUGGGCGUUAUUCUUGCUAUUGGGCACUGCACUGAUGGAUGUGAGGCACAUCAGUAUCAAUUACUGAAGAGCAAUGGGCUUCCACUAAUGAUCCAAAUAGUGGCUGAAUCCCAGGAUGAAGAGCAGAGAAAAGCAGCAACUUUUGUUCUACAGAGUUGCCAGCUCAUAACUGAGAAACUAUCGAACAGUCUGGUGGAGAAUUCCCAGUCAAAAGAAGGCAUAAUUACUUCAAAUCCGAAGGAUAUCAGCCUGAGAAAUUACUGGAAAUUUGCAAAAGAAUUUCUGCAUAAGAUAGAGACGUUAGAAAAGCAUCAAGAGGAAAAAGUCAAGCGACAAAUAUUUGUGGAAGAUGAUAUUCCACGGGAAGAAAUUGGUGAAAAUCCGUUGACUCUGUGUUCAGACCUAAUUGAUAAUGAAAUCAGUGGGAGUCUUAAUUAUUCUGUACAUUCACUUAAUGUUGGUCAGGAUUUCCGAUGUUCAGGUUGUUCAAAUGUAGCAGCAUCCUUGAAUAGUAGGAAUUUCAGCAAGAUACUUCAGUCUUGCCCAAACAAAUGUGAUCGUCAUAAAGUGAUACAAGAAUGUGAGGACAGAUACAAAAAGGAGCUUAAGAAGUUACUAAACAUUGACAUUACUAAAAUUGACAAAAAAUUGUUUUUGACUCCAGUCAAAAGGACAACAUCUCACAUUACAGAUUUCCAUAUACAGCAAACAGAUUCUAUAAACUUGGCUAAAGCAUCUACAAAAAGCUUUCUUUUGACACCAAUGAAGAAAUCUGCUUCUGACAAUAUCACUCUCCCCAGGCAGCAGAGUGAAGAUACAACUCAGUUUGAUGGAACUAUAAGACAAGGUCAUGUGUGGCCUGCAGUUCUGUUAGUUAUGAAAGAUUGGAAAUACCAACCAGAGGAUAGAAGAAGCUUGUGUACGCCACGGGUCUACAAUAAAACCACAUUUCAGAAUCAUAUUUACUCCUUUGAUGAUGGCAAGCAUUCAGAUAUAUGUAAGUAUGCAGUGGGAACAAGACAAACAAGGAAAAGGCGGCGGCGUAAGGAUUUCACAAAGGAGGAAGUUGGCUACCUGCUCGAUGGUGUGUUAAAAAUGGGUUAUCAUUGGAAUUCUAUUCUUUGGUCAUAUCCAUUCCAGAAAGGACGAACCAAUGUGGAUCUAGCACACAAAUAUCGGAACUUACAGAAAAGAAAUUUGAACAAGUCAAUAUCUGGAAGCCAAGAUUGUUCAGUGGAAUUGUGCUGAUCUCAAUCAUUUUAAGUGGAGGCAAAACCUUGAUUCAAAAGGAGUAUUCUCAGUUGGUGUGUAACUGCAAUGAAGCAAGUUGCAAUAAGAUUUAACUGUUGUAAUUAUCUUGAACUGCUGGAUAAAUCUCAUUAUUAUAUUGUAUUACAAAUAUUUACUCUGAAAUGGGGUAUAAGUUACAUAGGUGGUUUCAUGGUUAACUGUGGUGUUCCAAGCUAAAAUAUUCCAGCUCUCCAUCCCCAUUGAUAAUCAGUGAUUUAUGUUAGAAAAUGCAUUAGCCAUCUGCCAAAUGCCAAUGAGACUUUAUUAGGACAUCGUCAGCAUUUGCCAUCUUGACUCAGAGGAAGAAUGAAUUCUUGAGUGCAGUGACAAAGGUUAUAUCCAGGAAGAAUAAAAUCUUUGCAGUUUAACCACCAUGCCAUAAUGGAAUGAUGCACAUCAUAUGCAUCUGUUCAAAAUCUACUCAAGUUACAUCAAUCAGAGAAUAAUUUGAGUGGAUUGAU